UCAAGCUGCCAAAGUUGAGAAACACCGAUCUACAAGGUGGCCAAGUGUAUGUUGGGAAUUCUGUGAUGUAAAAAUCAACAUUUCUGGUGAAGGAGAACUUAAUACGAUCAUUGAGACAACCAGACAUGUGGCUUUAAAAGAGACAGCAAUGCAUUGCAAGGAAAAGCCAUUCAGAAGGAGAUUAGAAACUUCUUGGAAGUGAGGCAUCUGGCGGUGGUGAACAUUUCUUUCCCUUCCUCUGCAGAGAGCAGAAUGGAAACUGAGAUCAAAGUGGAGAAUUCUGAGCGUAGAGGAAGUGAACCAGGGUUAACACACGGGACAGAUCUACAGCUUAGCUCCGGGGAUCUGCCAGUAAAAGUAGAAAUGGAAGAGGAAGGCUGCAGGCCAAGAGAGCAGCUGCAGAAGGCCCCCAUGGGGUGUGAGAACCAACAUACUUCGCUUCAGCCGGAAUUUACUGCUGCUAUUACUGAAAAGGCCGCUAUGUCCAAGGAGGAUAAAAUGCCUGCGUUCUCCCAGUAUGACGGAAGAUACCACUACGGAGUGGAACUGAACGCAGUAUCUUCUACUGAGGGAUUGGAACGGUGUCCUCAGAGGUCAGACAACAGCUAUCAGCAGAGCUCAAACUUGAAUCAAGAGGAGAAAAGCAUCAUAACUGAGAAAAGCUUUGAAAUCUCUGGGAAUGGAAUCGGUGAUAACUUGAAUACAUAUCCAAGUAACCAUCUUGGAGAAACACAUAGCUCUUCUGGAUAUGCAAAAACUUACAGCAAUAUGAACUCACUCAGCAAAUCUCCGGCUUGUAAAACCGAAGAGGGAUGGUAUGAAUGUUCUCAGUGUGGGAAGGGCUUCAACAAGGCAAAAUACUGGAAGCAGCAUCAGAAAAUUCACACCGGGGAGAAACCGUACAAAUGUUCUCAGUGUGGAAAGUGUUUCAAUCAGUCAGGAAAUCUGAAGACUCACCAAAGAAUUCACACCGGGGAGAGACCCUACAAAUGCUCCCAGUGUGGGAAAUGCUUCAGUCACACCAACUGUUUGAAGAUACAUGAGAGAAUUCAUACUGGGGAGACAUACAAAUGUUCUCAGUGUGGGAAAUGCUUCAGAGAGACAGGAAUUCUGAAGAGGCAUCUAAGGAUUCAUACUGGGGAGACACCGUACAAAUGUUCUCAGUGUGGGAAAGGCUUCAAUCUGAUGGGAACUUUGAGGAAACAUCAACGAAUUCAUACUGGAGAGAAACCUUACAAAUGUUCUCAUUGUGACAAAUGCUUCAGGGAAACAGGAAUUCUGAAGAGACAUCAAAGAACUCAUACCGGAGAGAGACCAUACAAAUGUUCUCAGUGUGGGAAAUGCUUUACUCAUACUAAUGUUUUGAAGAUCCAUCAGAGGAUUCAUACUGGGGAGACACCAUAUAAAUGUACUCAGUGUGGGAAAAGCUUCAGUCAGAUGGGAAAUUUGAAAACACACCAGAGAAUUCAUGCUAGAGAGAACCUUAAUACAGUACAAGAAUUCAUGUUGGCGAAGGACCAUACAAAUGUUCUCAACGUGGGGAACUUGCCUGGGAAGCAAGAAUUCUGAGGAGCCAUCAACUUGAGGGAUACUUAUUUCAUUAAUCCAACAAGCAGCUGACUUCAGGAACAACUGGUGAACUCAUAAUCAGAGAAGCACUACAGAGUUGUUUUCAGGUUGGGAAAUAGUUCAGGGAAAGGAAGCUUUAAGUGGCUAUCAUAGAUACAAGUGAAACCUUCUAGGAUGCUUCCCCAAGAUUGGAAUAUAGUAAUACAAGGAACAGGAGUAUCAUAAGGAAAGAGAGUUGUAUGGUAUUACUCCAAGUGGAAGCUUGAAUAAAUUUGGUAGAAGGGUUAUUGCCUACUGUCAGUCACCCAAGCUGUGAGGUAGUAGAUUUUGUUUUCUGAUGGCAAGACGUAGAUCUUAAGUAGAAGUAUGGUGUUGGAAGUGGCCGUCCAGGUCAUCCAACAUCCUGCUUAGGACCUUCUGAAAACAAGCCUGAAGAGAGAGAUGAUUGCACUCUUCAAGAAAUGUCUGAGAGAGGCUCUUCUUUAAGAGUGUCAAACAGAAUAGGUUUGCGGCAUGUUCUCUGUAAUUCCAAAGUGUAGAAUGUUGUAAAGGAGCUUGGAGAUGACUUUGGAGAAAAU